AUGAAGACACGAAAGACGACAUCGGAAGCUACGAAAGCAUCGAAAAAAAGACUGCAACUAAUAACUUUUGGAAAUGGGAAGGUAAAAAGUUUGUCCACUCAGACUGCUUCAUCUUCAGGAAAUACCAGUAAUAAUAAUAAUAAGAGCAAGAGGUCACGAGAAGCAGAUCACUGUCGGCUAUGUAAAAUAAGUGCUGAUUUUAUGACAUGUUCGGUUUGCGAAAAUAAAUAUCAUUUGGAAUGUUUGGGGUAUGCACCAGAAUCCGUACGUUUAGUGUCCGAAAAACGGUUCUACACAUGGCUUUGUCCAACAUGCACAUACUGCUACAAUUGUAAUGACUUCAUAUAUGACCCAGAAAAUGUACAGUGUUUUGCAUGUGAUGCAGCUUUUCACGGGAAGUGCAGACCAAGUUCUGGAGCAUGGGUUAAUCCGAAAGACCCACUUUCGAGUUGGUUCUGUGCGGAAUGUAAACAUCUUUUGGAUAUCGAAAAUAGUGAAUUGUUAGAUAGUUCCUCUUCAUCGAAUAGCUCCCUGCAUGAAAAUGAAUCAACGGUGAAAAAGUCAUGUUCUUCGCACGUAAAGCGUGAUUACACAGCCUAUCUUUGGAAAACGAAGUUACAAGCCGAACGAGAUGCUAUGAAUGAUCAGUUGAAAGAUUUUUGUCGUCAAUAUUUGAAGAAUAAAGAACAAAAAGAAAGAAAAAUGAAACGACAGAUGGAAAGCGAGAAUUUUUCACUGAAGAAAAAAAUUACUGCAAAAAACGCAAAGAAAAUAAAACGGAGCGAUUCAGAAAAUGAAUCAGCUAGAAAUAUCGGUAUCAUCGAUGGCAUUAAAAUUUCCAUUCAUGGAAAGCGGGAUGCUUCCGAUCAGUUAACAGAGGCUGAAAAACAACGAGCGAUGAAAGAUAAUUCAACUGCAUACACGAUUGCUAAAAGAGAAUUCCUGGCAUCUCAACCAUCGGAAGAUUUAAAUGCUGAUGAAGAAAGACCACCUCAAACACAAUGGAUUCAUUUCGGUUCCGAACGUUUGCUGGCAAUGUAUCCAUCACCCUAUCCAAAACGUAUCGCGCAAUCAUCCAGUGUUUACUUAUGUCGAUUCUGUCUUGUAGCUCUUGAAGAUUCUACGUUGUACGAAAUACAUACGGCUCAUUGUGAGUGGAAGCAUCCGCCAGGAAAUGAAAUUUAUCGGGAAGAUGGACUAUCAUUUUGGGAAGUCGACGGCAUCGAUGAAAUUGCUUACUGUCGAAGACUAUGUUUGUUUUCUAAAUUGUUUCUAUUUUCAAAAACUCUUCAUCAUGAGGUGGAAACGUUUCUGUUCUAUAUCUUAUCAGAAUAUACAUCGGACGGUUAUGUACUCCUGGGCUAUUUCUCGAAGGAAAAAAAUCCCAGCAAAAACAACAACUUGAGCUGCUUAUUGACGCUUCCAUCAUCACAGCGAACUGGAUAUGGCAAAUUUCUCAUUGAUCUCAGUUACAAACUAUCUUUACGAGAACGGAAAAUCGGUGGACCUGAGCAUCCACUUUCAGACAUGGAAAUGAGCAAUGAAACCGGUAUACAUUCAUCUGAUAUUAUCAGUACAAUGCUUGAAAAUAAAAUGCUUAAAUAUCGCGAUGGAAACUAUUUGAUUAAUAAAAAAAAAGCAUUUGCGGCACCACUGCGUGUAUUUCGUCGACGAGUUGUACAUGAUGAGAAACUUAUCUGGGAACCUGAAUUUGAUGUCGAAGAUGCCUUUAAAAAGAUGGGCACAUAUGUUGAUUAUGCAUACUUCGCAGUGGGAUUUAAAUUUAAAUCAUUGGUCGGUUCGGUGUUAGCAUUCAGAUUUAAUACUGCUAGCACUGCAUGUACCCCAUCAAAGAUGUCACGGAUGAUCGAUUUGCCCUGUGAAUUAAUUUUAAUUAUUUUGAAUUAUCUUCCAAGUCGUGACUUAUGGCAAAACGUUCGCUUGACAUGUCGGUUCUUUGCAACGAUUAUUGCUGAUCAGAGCUAUUGGAAACGAAAAUUGCAGAGAAAAUUUGAAGUUGAACUGCCAUCGUGUCAAUUAUAUGGCGCAGUAUCCUCAUUAUCACACUGUUGUGCCAGAACAGAAGAAGAAACGAAACGGUGGAAAGAUGGAAAGUUGGGACGACUUAUUUGUGCGGUAGGACACGAUGGAACAGUUGAUGCUGUAGCACUAAUGAAAUCAUCAGCCCAUAAACGAUUAUGUAUUUCUGGUGCCCGAGAUCGUGCACUAAUCAUUUGGGAUGUAGAUACGAUAACUGUUAGAGCUUAAGGCAUUAGAAAUGCUUUAUUAAUUCAUUUGGAGAUAAAGCUUGGUUUCUGUAGCAUUCCUUGUUCGCUAUAUCGAAAAUUUAUAAACAGUGCAUUCGGUAUGAACAGUGGACAGUUGAAUUCUGUUUGCUUAAAGAUAGCAAGUGAAGGAUGGAUAUGGAGCGUAUGCAGAGCGGAUACAGAUACGUUUUAUUCCUGUGCAUGGGAUCGUUAUGUGAAACAGUGGCGAAUCGUUGAUGGGCAUGUUAAUGCGCUUUGUGAUGUACAAAUGGGUUCUGCAGUUCUAUGUGUUAUAAAUGAUGGUACAACAGCUGUUUGUUCUACAUUUGGGCGAAAAGUAGUCGUUAUGGAUGCGCGCAAUUCAUUGCAAAAAAUUACUGAUAUGCUAUAUCAUCGAAGUGCUGUUUUCGAUCUUGUUCAGAUCCCAGAUAGCAAUUACCUGUAUUCGUGUGGUGAAGAUCGACGAUUAGCAUGUGUAGACAAGCGUAUGUGGGAAGUAGUGAACGAUUUAGAACUGGAAGCUUACGCACAAACUAUGUCACUACGGCAAGGACAGCUACUUUGUGGAACCACCGACGGCAAGAUGCUGUCUAUCAACCCGAGCGAUUUAACAGUUGUCAGCGAAGUAUUUGUUGGAAGUGGUGGUUUACGGCAAGUAAGACUGAAUAUUGGCAGCCAAAUGUGCAUUACAAAAGAUCGUCUUUUUAAAGUGUUCACACCUGGUUUAUAUCCCAGACUAUUUGCCGAAUCAGAAGUAUUCGAUGCAGAACCGUCCAGAUUCGAUUAUUACGAUGAUAAUUUGGUCAUCGCUUGUGGUGAUGGAUCCAUUUUCUUCUGCACUACCUCAUCUUAG